AUGCCCGUGACGGACGAGGAGGCCCGGGCUAUCCUCCAGGCGCGAGGGGGUCGCGAGACGCCCGUGACGGAGGAGGAGGCGCGGGGCGGCGAGGAGCUAUCGCGGCGUGGGAAGAAGGCGGUGGCGAAGGAGGCGGGCGAGGCGGUAUCACGCGAGGAAGGCGAGGCGAUUUAUCGCGCGACGCUCGAGUCGCUGUUGGCGUCCACCGGGUGGACGCCGCGCGCCGCGGAGGAGAGGGCGCGCGAGGAGCAGCGUGCGCAUGUUCGGCAGAUGCGCUGGGCAAGGGAGCACGGCCGGGGGGAGCCGGUCGAGGCGGAGAAGCGCGGCAAGGGCAAGAAGGGGAAGAAGAAGAAGAAGGGCGCCGGGAGUGGCGGCGCUGGGCCGUCGCAGGAUCCCGAGGCGCCGUCAGAGGCAGCCGCAGCCAAGCCCGCGAAGCUGGAAAGGGAGGGGUUGAUCAGGCUUCUCGAGACGCUGCACGAGGAGCGGAUUCGGUACGGCAUCACGGCGGAGACGUCGGUCGAGGGGCUGGCCGAGGCGUUGGGAGAGGAGGCCGAGGCGGCAGGCGAAGCGAGUGAGGAGGAGACGGCAGAGGCGGGUGAGGAGGCAGCCUUGGUGGCAGCGGAGGCGAGGCGCGCGUCAGCGGCCGCGGCGAGGGCCAAGGCGGAGGCGGCCUAG